AUGAUCUUAACGAAAUCGACACUAAUCCUCCUCCUCGCCACUCUCUCACUCGCCGAGCCCUCACCAUCCUCCGCAAAUCUCCGUCCAUUACGCCCACACGACCCUCUUGCAGAAGCCAUAUCCAGCAGCCUCAAACGGAAUGACGCCGGAAACACCACCACCACCAAUUCCUCAACAGACGGAGCAGACAGGGUACUACGGUAUUCCCUGCAGCAGAAACAAUUCAACGGCACCGCAGCAACAACGGCUCGGAGAAGACGACAACAACACAAGGCGCGGAGGAGGGAUGCGAUGUUUGAGAGCGACGAGGAGGCGAGGCUCGUGAGGAGGGAGAAGUGGAAUUGGAAGCAUUUGGAGGAUUACAGGGGAUAUCUGUACUUUAUGGAGAUCGAGAUCGGAGACCCUCCGCAGCUAGUCGGUCUUACGCCCGAUACGGGGUCAUUCGAGACGUGGGUGAAUCCCAAUUGCGCCAACGCCGCAAGCGCCUAUCUAUGUGCCAAGAACGGCAUGUAUCAUCCCGAGCAGUCAGAAUUGGCAGUCACACAGAAUGAGCGGUUCGAUUUCGGGUAUGGCAGUGGAUGGGUGAACGGGUUAUACUACGAGGAUAGGAUAUACUUUCGGAACGAAGAUGUCGGCAUACGGCAAAAGUUUGGGCUGGCCACCGACUCGAGCUACGCGGUCUCCGGGAUUCUAGGCCUAGGAUACGGCAUCGGCUACACAAUAAACUACGCCAACGUCCUCGAUUCGCUCGUCAAGUUCGACCUCAUCAACGCGCCCAUCUACAGUGUGUCUCUUGGCGGACAGGGCCAGGGAACAAGUGAGAUUGUCUUUGGUGGAGUCAACCAGGCGAGAUAUAGCGGCUACCUUCAAGCCGUUCCCAUAUGGCCUUCAGUCUAUGAGCAGGCGCAGGAUUGGGUCCACUACCGUGUUAAUGUCAGUUCAAUGGGUUACACGACUCCAUUCGGCAAAAAAACAAGCUUCUUCAACCCCGGUACCUCGUCGGAUCUAAACGUCCUCGUCGAUACAGGUGUGACAUACACCGUUUUACCUCCGGCAAUGGUAGACGCCAUAGCGGAACAGUUCGGAGCCAAGUGGGACGUCGGCGAGUACACGGUCGACUGCGCCAUGCGGGACCAGCCGGGGACUUUCGACUUUGGGUUUAACAAUGACAAGUUGAUUAUCAGGGUUCGAUACUUUGAUUUCAUUCUUAAGAUUCAGGAAGGGAGGUGUACAUUUGGGCUGCAGCAGGGUACGGAUUCGGACGCGAUCCUUGGGAACACCUUUUUGCGGGGCGCAUACGUCGUUUAUGAUCAGUCGACGCAUGCCUUGUGGAUGGAGAACUAUGACGAGUGUGGAUCGCAGGUGGCGGCGGUAGGGAGGAGUGCUGGAGAUGUCGGGAGGACGAGGGGGUUGUGUUGA